UUCCUGCAGUGUGUUAUAACAGAUGCAAGGCAUGAUUCCAGUCAAUUAGCAGCUCACACAACAGUGUCAGCCCUUUCUUCCUUGUAAGAUGGUUUCUACUUGAUCUCUUUGUAUGAUAUGUUGAACCUCUGGUAUGUUCAACACCAUUCCUAAAAUCAUUUCGUUUGCACUGAUUAUCUUUAGGACCAAAAAGGUGUUAGCAGUUGUCAACUGGAGUAGGGCCAAUGAAACUUCAGCAGUAAGCCGUGAGGUCCCUAUGACAAAAGAGCUGCUGACUUAUCUCUCUGAGACACAAGGUAUGAUAAAUUUGCAUCCUCAAUAAUAUCAUAUCACAUAUGUAAUACAAAUAUGGAGAUCAGAAGUAUCUUUUAUAAUGCAGCUAAAGUAAUUCUUUUUCAGGGUUCCAUGUUGCAGAGGUGACAUAUGACUUUGUAUUACAGCUAACAACAUGGAUCUUGUCAAAAGGAAUGCUUGAUUCCUUUGACUCUUGGUAUGGUACUCAGUACACACUUGUAUUUUUUGGCUCAUUUUGUCUUGAUGAUUAUGACUAUUUCUUGAAAGUUAGCAUUUUAUUGGUGUUAAUAUUUUUUUUUUAUUAUUUUCAGGUGCAAAGUCUGUGACUAAAGCAAUGAAGGAAGUUGCCUCAGGGGCCCAGAGGGAUGAGGGCUCAAAGUGGUUUUUUGAAUUGUUCGACAAAGGUAAGAUAUCUCUCUUAUGAGAGUCAUCAAAAGCUAUAUUCUCUCCACAAUUAUCUGCAGAUGUCAAAUUCCUUCUUGAUAUAAGAUGAAUACAAUGGAAUAUAAUAUUUGUGAAUAUUUUACAGUGAAAAGUACAAGGACUCUUGUGUACUUCUGCAUGAAGAACAGUCCACCCAAUGAAGAAGAAUUUCAGGGUACACUGUUGAAUGUAGUUGACCAUUACCAGGUAAUUUGAGUGACUGUUUAUUGAGAACAUAGUAUUUUGUUUUCAUUUCUGUAAGUACCUUUUGUUGUGUUAUUCUAGUAAGAUAUGACAUGAUCAUUACCUCAAAGAUUGCACAUAUUUCUUUAAUAAUGGUGAAUAAGAGACAUUAUACUUACUAUAAUUAUUACUACUGAUUUAUUAAUCUAUUUUUUAUAACUUGGUGUAUUUAUUACUCAGGGAAAUCAUGUGAUGAGCAAAAAACUUUUAACUAAACCUGAAGUAGUAGCUGCAUGCAGGGAAGCCAUUGUGGGCACUUCAAUUUAUAGGCAUGCAUCGGACUACAUGCAGGUAAUUAAUUGACACAUGCUGUAUGUUUAUGUUUCUUUGCAUGAAGAAGUUUAUCUCUUCUUCCAAAUUAAUGAUGUUGAGGUAAGGGCUAUAAAUGAGUUGAACAAAUUAGUUUUCCUGUUAAAGAAAAAUCACCCAUAAUUUGUUGCCUUCUUCAGUGCAGGGAAACAUAUUGGAUUGAGUCUCUCCAUUCAGUGAUGCUCAUUUAUGCUGCAAAGCGGAUUCAUCAUGGGGAUGACACAUACAACAUGUGCAUGGAGUUAGCCAUUCUUGAUUGGGUAAGAAACUUAUGUUGUUAAUUCUGUACAAUUACUUUGGCACUUUUUGGAUUCACUGCCUUCUCUUGCUCAUUGACUCAUUUAUCUUACAGAAUGAAAAUGUGAAUCGAGAAGCAUCAUCUCUACAGAUGUACCAACAUACCAGGCAUCCAAACUGCUUGGCAGAGAUCAGGGUGCUUACUUCAAAGACAUUUAAUUUCAGAGGAACUAUCUGGUCUACCUUUUUUAAUAUAAACAAAUGA